AAUGUCAGCAAUUCGAAUGCGGGACCACACCAGCUGUGGCUGCUAUCAGAAGAAACAGAAUAUUUGGAGGAACUUUUGCUUCAUACGGAUCUGUACCAUGGCAAAUAAAUCUGCUUGAAAAUGGAAGGAGAAAAUGUGGCGCAUCACUGGUGAAAGAUAAAUGGAUAAUGACAGCCGCUCAUUGCAUUCUAGCCAGGUUAUUGAACCCAAACUCCAAUAAAGAAUAUACUGCAAUAGCUGGUGAUCAUGAUGUCACAAUACAAGAUACGCAUGAGCAACUACGCUAUGUAAUACGAUAUAUUAGUCACCCAAACUUUGACGCAGCUACCUUAGCCAAUGAUAUCGUAUUAUUAGAGAUGGACAUACCUUUUGAACUUAACCAAUACAUUGUACCAGUAUGUCUACCUAUGUUUGAUGAAAUGCCGUAUCCUUAUACAGAAUGUCAAGUAGCUG